AGUAACUGGUGCUAUGUCUUGCCAAGUAUGGGUAUAUCCUUCCAGAGGAUCAUGGAGAGACAAAAAUAUAUUGCAGUGUUUACUUCAAACUGAUAGGGGAACGGCUCUUUACGUAUCCUUUAUACAUAUUUUAUUUUGUGUUAGAACGUCUUCUCCUCUACUGUGCUAGCCAAGAUCCAAACUCUAAUCCAAAUUGAGGGCCAAAUUCACUGCAGUUGUAAUUCCAUUGAAGUGAAUGAGGCUAAGUCAUCAGAAAAUAUGGUCCAAAAUAUUUAAUUCAGUUCUUCUGUAGUAUUAAUGAAUGAUGUCAAAUCUGGUCUUCUCUAUUUUGCUGGAAAUGUUUCUUAAAGGACCCUGAGAUAUGAAUUGGGAACUCUUGUAGGGGCUGGGAUGCCAAAUCUUUGAGAGAAUAAUUUUUCUUCAGCCUGUUUGUUCGGGCAUAUGCGUUGAAUAGGCUUUAACAACAAAAACAAAAAAAAAGCCAACCAAAUAAAAAUUUAAGUUUUAGUAAAUCUGAAUCUGAAUAAAAUUACUUCACCACACAGGCCCUGAUCCUGUUAACAUUUACUCUCAUGCUUAGAGUUCAGGACAUUUGAAGUGUUUUCACAAUUGAAACCUAAGUCUGGUUUCACUUCCAUAAUAUCUGUGAAGUUACCUGUUCCUCACAAUCAUCAAGAGUCUUCCAGGAAAAACAGUCUAGAUGACCUAUGACUUUAUAAUCUUAAAAACAAGCGGAAAAAACCCCUUUUUAUAAAAAUAAAUCUUUUCAGGCCUCCUUGUUAUGGAAACAAGAAAUGGCACUAACAGAAUGUUUUUCUUUGCAGGUCACCCUUUACUAGGGGCAUUAUCAAUUAGUUCAGGCCUCAUUUUUCCUUUGCUUUGCAAUUUGUGCAAUCCAGUGAGGAAUAUGCUCCAUAUUCUAGCUUUAUUUUUUUAAAUCCACCCCUGCAUCAUUGAAAUACUGAAAAAAUAAUAGCAUUGCUAAUACUUGUUUCAGACAUUUUAUGUUGCUGCUGAAAUGACUGCCAGUAGAGGGUGUUCACAUUAAUUAGGAAACUCUGAUUUCAGAACCAUGCUCACAAAGAAAGAACUCAGACUAAAAACCAAGAUUCAUAUUGAGUUGUGCUUUGGAAUGAGAAAAUAAUUAAAAUAUCCAGAGAAGGAAAAGAAGAAAACCAGGAGGAUGUUACAAAUAAAACACUAGUUUCUAUCACUUUUACUUCUGUUGAAUAAUACCUUAUUUUGCAGGAUAUUCCAUUGAUUUCAAUGUGUCGGCUCAAGCAAUAAAGUACUUCUCAAUGGGAAUGAAAAUGGCUUAAUUUAGCCUAAUGAGAGUAAAACUUUCAAAUCUCCAAAACCAUUAAAACUACUAAAAUGUUGGUCCCUUUAAAAAUAGUAAAGCUGCUUUUUUUAAAUUCUUUUGAAGAAAUUUUAGUGUGUAUUUAAACUUUUAUUCAAGAAAAGGAUAAACAGUUUCAUUAUACAAAAUGCUAAAAGCCAUCUUACAUAGCCCUUAACACUUAUUCAGGUACCCUUUAAGUUGCAUAAGAAGCCAACCAGUCCAAUAUUUUACUAGAGUAGAUUUAGAAGGAGUGUUAAACUCUUUUCUUUCUGACCUAAAAUCUAAACUUCCUCAUCUAUGUGGAUUUCCAGUAAAAAUGACAAGUAAAGCAUUGUAUGCCACAAAGGAACUAAUCAAACAUCCCAUGCAUUUGAAUCAGUUUGGCAACAGCUGUGUGUUUCAGGGAGUAAAUGCCAAGCCUGCAAAUCUGACCAGCAAACCGAUAUGGAAGGUAUCUCUGACUCAAGCACCUCCAAGAAGAGAGACUUUGCAGCAGAGGUCUUCACAAUGCAGUUCAGGAAUUAGCCACAGGAUGGAGCUUUUGAUCAAUCAGCCAAAACAAUGUACUCUCUCAAAUCUCAUUCCAUGGCCAGAGAAUGCUGUUGCUGAGGCCAUGAAGAAAACAGUGCAUAGUAGACAGCAGCAGCAGACUCCAGGAGCAUCAGGGGUACCAGUUCACUCAACUGAAUCCUUAAGAAUGUCUGAGCAUUCAUGUGUGGAUUCUCAAAAGAACAAUGCCACUAGAAUUAUACCUAUUUUCAAAGGAAAGUUGUUGCAAAUGGAUGUAAAGGCCACAAGAGCCAAUGAAGGAAAGAAAAAAGUGAGUGUUUUAUGGCAUUCUCCAAAAGUAGUUAGAGAUGUCACUGUGUCUAAAUUAUCUGUAUGCAACCUCAGUGUAAAUCAGGUAUACAAAACUGUCCAAACUGUGUCAUUCAAAAAUCCUACUAAUGGCACUGAUGCUCAGAGAAUGACUGGGAAAGCAAGUGUAAAAAAUGCUGGACCUAUAUGUGACCAGAAAAAAGAAACUGGUAAGCAGCUGACAAAUUCGGCUUUUUCUAAUAGCCCAUCUUCAGGUAGGAAUUCAAGUAAAGGCAAACCUGAAAAGCUAAAUUCUUCUUCAUUAUCUGCUAGUGACAAAUCAGUGCUUCAGACAUCAAAUGCUAAUCUAGGUUUGAAAAAACCUGCACUACUCAGUUCUACUACAAAAAAGGGGGGAAAGUUAUCAAAUCAGAACACCACAAAAAUAUUUGGGGAAAGUCACAAUUCAAAGAAGGUACAGAUACAGAUUUCUGAGUCGGACAAAGAAAUUGCAAACACCAGCAUAUCACAGCAUCAAACAAAAAGCCCAACUGAAGGAGCCGGGUUAAAUAUUCACAGAUUGGUUUUAAACAGUACAGUGCACAGAGCCAAAAGAGAACAUCAACAAUCAUUAAUACCACCAAAGGAGUAUAUCACCAAGACAACCAAUCACCAUUCACAAGUCAACUGUGAGCAGAUGUUGACAGUGAAUGAUCCCUUGCAUUGUGAAGCAGUGGCCUCAAAACAGAUUUACUCAAAGAUGGAGACCCAUUUGAAAACAACUUCAAAGAAAUGUUGUGGCAAAAGAAGGCAGUCAUUUCUGUUUGUGGAUAAUCCAGGUAUGUUACAGAUUACCACCGUCUCCUUGAUCCAAAGUAUUGAGACAUUUAAAUUGAGGUGCAUAGCUAUCAGCUUCAUUGAUCAUGUCAGCACUGCAUAAGUAUCCACACAGCACUAACUAGCAGGAAGAAGGAGGAGGUUAUUCAAAGUCAAAGAAAUCCAAAACAAGUAAGCCUGCUAUCUAGAAUGUGGAUGUAGAGGAGCAUAGAAAGAAAAAUCAGGCACAAGACAGAACAGAUGUCAUUGUUUGCAUUUGUCUCAUCGUGUGGAGAGGAACUUUUCUGCCAGAACCAUAAGAAAGUUUGUUUGUUUCCUUAUUUGUUUUCCACCUCAAUUUUUUUUCUUUUUUAAUGAUAAAGAGUCAUCAACAUAGUUUUAAUUUAUCUAUGCCAGUUCCCAAAAGUAACUGGGCCCUUGAACAGAAUCUGACCUAUUCACAAAUUAUAAAAACUAGGACCUAAGUAAGUCCACAGAACUGGAAGCGAAAUCACAUUUGUGACUGCUGAACAUUAGAAUUCAAAAGCACUUUUCAGAUACUGCAGAACAGUCAUCCCCACACAGUUCUGACUACAUUUGGUAGUGUAAGUUUCUGUAGUGAAACAAUUAGACAAGACAGGCUGCAGAAUGGUUACAUUUCCUUUCUGCUAAAUUAUCAGUUAUUGUUAUAUCUGACUUAGUUGCUGGGAGCUGUUACCCCAAAAAUGUUCUUUGUUUCCAUACACUUACAUUACAGUAGAUUGCAUUAGAGGUUAUUUUCAGUUGUUUUUAUAUUUUAAAAAGUGCAUGCUCUCAUUUUGUGUUUUCUAUUAUGUUACUUUAAAUCCAGACCAAUAAAAGUUAUUGUAGAUCCAA